GGAAAAGCCAGGAGCCAAGAGGUCUGGAAGACCUGAAUCUCAGGUCAGCCCAGACAGGAAGUCAGCUGCGGUGCUGAGAUGAGGCUGCUGCCGUGGCUGCUCCUGGCCCUGGGAGGAGUCGGGGAAGCUGAACCAGGAAAGUUCUGGCACAUCUCUGACCUGCACCUUGACCCCAACUACACGGUAUCCAAAGACCCCCUCCAGGUGUGCCCAUCAGCUGGCUCCCAGCUGGUGCCCAAUGCAGGCCGGUGGGGUGACUACCUCUGCGAUUCUCCUUGGGCUCUCAUCAACUCCUCCAUCCAUGCCAUGAAGGAGAUCGAGCCGAAGCCAGACUUCAUUCUCUGGACAGGUGAUGACACACCCCACGUGCCCAACGAGAGGCUUGGGGAAGCAGCCGUGCUGGAAAUUGUGGAACGCCUGACCAACCUCAUCAGAGAGGUCUUUCCAGACACUAAAGUCUAUGCUGCUUUGGGAAACCAUGACUUUCAUCCUAAAAACCAGUUCCCAGCAGGAAGCAACCAUAUCUACAAGCAGGUAGCAGGGCUGUGGAGACCCUGGCUGAGUGACGAGUCUUUCGCUCUCUUCAAAGAAGGUGCCUUCUAUUCUGAGAAGCUGCCGGGCUCGAGCAGGGCGGGGCGAGUUGUGGUCCUCAACACCAACCUGUACUACAGCAGCAAUGAGCAGACGGCUGGCAUGGCUGACCCUGGCCAGCAGUUCCAGUGGCUGGAAGAUGUGCUGAGCAAUGCCUCCCGAGCUGGGGAGAUGGUGUAUGUUAUUGGCCACGUGCCCCCAGGGUUCUUUGAGAAGGCGCGGAACAAGGCGUGGUUCCGAGAGGGCUUCAACCAGGAGUACCUGAAAGUGGUUCAGAAGCAUCACGGAGUCAUAGCUGGGCAGUUCUUUGGGCACCACCACACGGACAGCUUCCGGAUGUUCUAUGAUGAUGCAGGUGCUCCCAUAAGCGUCAUGUUCCUCACACCUGGAGUCACCCCCUGGAAGACCACAUUACCAGAGGUGGUCAAUGGGGCCAACAAUCCGGGCAUCCGGGUAUUUGAAUACGACCAAGCCACGCUGAGCCUGCAGGACAUGGUGACCUAUUUCUUGAACCUGAGCCAGGCCAAUGCUCAGGACAGCCCACACUGGAGGCUGGAGUACCGCCUGACCGAGGCCUACCAGGUGCGGGAUGCGGGCGCCGGCUCCAUGCACACGGCCCUGAGCCGCAUCGCCAGCGACCGGGACACACUUCAGCGCUAUUACAUCUACAACUCGGCGGGCUACGACGACAGAGCCUGCGACGAGAGCUGCCGCGCGGAGCACGUGUGCGCCAUGCGGCGGGUGGCCUUCGAGGCGUACGCGGCCUGCCUGCGGGGCCGGGGCACCGCGCUGGCGCCGCCGCCGCUCCCGCUGCUGCUCCCGCUGCUGCUGCUGCUGCUGCUGCUGGCCGCCGCGCUGAGCUCGCUGGCCGCGGUGGCGCCCUGA